GCGGAGUUGCGCACUAACCAAACCAUCACAUUGCACCGCACCAGAAGGUCGGAAAUCGGAAAUGUGAAUUUUUGUGAUUAGGCCGCUGCGGUCUAGUGCAAAAAUGGAUUGACUACUCAAUAACUUGAGUAAAAUGUUGCCUGUUGGACUGACAAAAGCGUUCGUCAAGUUCCAGAGCAUGAUGGUGCGGCCGAAGAGCGGCCCACAAAAGGCCAUCAUCACCACGGCUCAGCAACUCGGCGAACAGACCUGCAAUUUCAAACGUUUCAACAUUUUCUGCUGUGCUGCCUGUCGCUUGGAACUGUUGUCUUCACUUAGGACUUGUUUGAAAUUGGAAGAAGUGAGGAAACUUGGAUUACAAAUUUUGAGCAGAACUUUUAAAGAGAAGUCUGUGGUUUUGGCCGGCAUCUGGGCAAAACAAGUUGAAUAUAUAAUGGCCCAAAGACUGAGACGAGGGCAACAGAUAAUUUCUCUCUACUCGCAAAUGUGGGAAGCAAAAGCAGCUGAGCUGGUUAUAAAAAGUUUUUCCAGAAGAAGCAAAAACGCUUUGCUUGCCACUUGUCUUGCUGCUGUUUUUGACUGGGAGAAAGAGAAAAUUCCAGAUGAGGUUCUACUUCGGCACCAGAGCGAGCUGGAGUUCGUGAACAAACUGAAGUCGACCACAGUGACAUGUGAGAAGUGUGGACACCGCCUGUUAAUCGACCUUAAAUUACCCCACGUUGAGUACUGCCGCUGUAUUAAAAAUACUGCAUCCUCCAAAGCUGUUCUCGAAGACUGGGAAUCCACUCUUUCAUCAGACGAAGAAUGGAUUCCAUUCAUCGAACGAGAAGACUUCAUAGUUUGGAAACAGGAGCAUAAGGAACACAAAGGAUUGUUUGCUUACAAAGUGUAUGGAGUUUAUUCAGAUGUUGCUGCUCGUGAUUUUUUGGCUGUUCAGCUCGAUAACAAUUACAGAAAAGAAUGGGAUGCUACAGCAAUACAGUUAGAUGUUAUUGACUCUGACCCAAAAUCAGGCAGUGAUGUCCUGUACUGGGAAGCAGCAUGGCCACGCUUUUUUUCCAACCGUGACUACGUCUUUAAGCGACGCGCCUUAGUCGAUGAGUUGAAUGGGGAUAUUGUCAUCCGAGCUGAGAGCACUGCCCACCCAAAGUGUCCAUUGCAAAAAAAUUGCCACCGAGUGGACGAGUAUUGGUCGUACUGGGUGAUCAAGCCAACCCAAGGCGAUAUGGACAAGCCCGGCGUUGAGUUCAGCCUGACCUAUUUUGACAAUCCCGGACUUUCUAUUCCGUCAGCUUUUGUGUCUUGGGUUGCCAUGAGUGCUCUGCCAGAUUAUUUAACUAAGUUGAGAAGAGCGGCUGUUGUUUUGAUGGAAAAGCGGUUUGAAGAGGAAAAACGGUUAAGACAGGAAGAGGAGGAGCAAAAGAGGCGUGAGGAGGAAAUUGUAGUUCCAGCAGACGUUAAAGAGGAAACAUCCUUGAAGUCGUUCCUACCCUUUUCACUCACAUUGCCAGACGUAGAGGAACCUAUGGAGCCUCUCUACCACCACCAGUUUUAUUACCUAUGAUUCCAAAACCAAAGUAAUUUAUCAAAUAAAUACUAACCCUAGCAUCUCCUAAAACUAGAAUAAUACCAAAAUAUGUAACAUUGAUAUCAGCACUUAUUGAUGCAUCUGCAAAAUCAGCUGCUCAUCAAGUGUGCUUGAAAAACACUAGGUGAAACAUCUUGUAUCAAAAUGUUUCCUUAAAAAGUGAGAUACCCGAUGAAAAAAGAUUCCCUCCCAUUGAAUGUUCCUCUACGAGCUGUUUCAGGAGGGUUUUUUUUGCAGUUCAAUUGAUUGAUUGAUUGGAGUUGAGGGCCACUUUUGUGAGGCUUCUCCGUAGUUGAUUGUUUUUUGGUGAUGAGAGAAGACUUAAAACUACUACACUUACAUACAUUUUAUGUCUAGUCUGAGUUGUGCACAUCCCUUUAUUACCACAGGGCUGAGACAUAUAAUUAAGCGCUUUAGCCCAAAUGGCUUGUUUUCUGCCGCUCAAUGGCCUCGUUUUUAUAGGCUCAAUUACUUAUAUUAUUUUGUUUUUGAUGUGCAAAACUUGACUUAACUUAAAUGCACAUUAAUUUUGAAUUUGAACUCUGCUAUUAUUUCAGCCGAUAGCAAAAAAUGCAAAUUAAACUUGAGCUCUGGUAAUAACUGGGAAUUAUUGGCCUUAGAAGAAAAAUUAACUGUACAACCUCAUUGAUUAUCCUACCAAAAUACUUAUAAUUUGCCUGAACUUGCUGGCUGAAUUGUAAGAAGAAUUUUUUCGAUCUUGAAAGCAGUAUUAAAAACAAAAAUUUUGUUAGCCAAGUAUAGUAGAAUUGGAAAAUUAAUAAAAUCGAAAACAUUUUUGACAAGAAUUAUAAGUCUUUUGCCAUCCAAACAAAUAAUUAUGUGUUACCCUGUAUUAUAUUUUUAAGAAAUGAUCACUUUUGGGAGAACGCUUAGAAAAAUCUUAAAUUCUAUUAAAAUAAGUUUUUUUUAAAUAUAAAAAUAAAAAUUUCCCAUUUUUCAUAGAACAUAAUAAUUCAGUUCCACAAAGAAAUAAUAAUGUGAGGAUUUUUUAAUAUCUCCAUAGUGAUCCUGUUACUUUUGACUAUUGACUGUUAAUUCAGGAUUAUUCUUGUUGUUAUUUUUGCUAGGGUGUGAAAAUAAAGA